CUGACUGCACAGUAAUCGCCAUCCGGCAACGUUGAGAGGACAAAAUCCUACCGAGAACGAAGUACAAUGCCGUCCUAUCCACCAUCGUCGUCGCAUCGUCUUGCACGGCUCGUCGGUCCCAGUCUCGCUGCGAUCUCGUUGACUGAACACCUCAACGCUCACAUCUGGUCCGACAAUACGCCAGCGGUGAUAGCCCUCAACGGCUCUAUGCUCUUUAUUUCCGGUCUGGCCAUCGUACAACGACACAACCUCUGGAGCCGGGAUUGGCGUGUCCUCCUCACGCUGGUCGGCUGGGGUAGCCUCGGGCUCGGCUUGACGCGCAUGGCCAUCCCAGAACGUGUUCUCGAGCGUGUGCGUUCCGGGGGCCCGAGGGAGGUCCGAAUCGUGUCGAGCAUCACGGCCGCCGUGGGAGGCGUCUUGACCUUGUUUGGAUACUUCCCCUGGCUCACUCGUUGUGAAGAUCUCGGAAGGCUCUACAUCUCCUCACCCAGUCCAAAUCUACCGGCGGGAGUCAUACCAUCGUAGCAUCAACGUUGCUCGCGAACCAUCUUCCUGACAACACCAAUACCGCUCUUUCCUCGAAGGCAUCUUGUGUCAGGCAUUCCCAAAUACAAUGAUGAACAAGGUCGAUUUCCCGAGAAUGCAUGAUACAGACAAGGACCAUAGACGACGAGUCUCUCAAAGAAUGAUCCUGAGUCGAGUCAGGUAUCACCGAGGCAGAGCACCAGCUUAACUUCUUUGUCCCUGACAACGAGUACCGUUUUACUACUCUCAAGGAUACUCACAACCUACGUAGAUGAAGUAAUCAGCGA